GGGUGGGGGGGCUGUGCGUGAAGCUUAAAGAAGUCGGGAUGGACGGCAAAGGCACCCUGAAGAUGUUCAGGAAGAAACGGGAACUAAUCAAGACACCGUCUAUCUCGAAGAAGAGUCGAGCAGGAAGCCCUGGGCCACAGAGCAGCGCCCCGUCUAGGGCAAGGAGCAUGCUGAAACGUGGUGGCAAAAACAGUUACAACCCUUACUCUACAAGUCAGAGAGUUAAAAAAGCCGAGUCGAAAGGCAAGGACAGACUGGACAUACUGCCCAACAGGCACAACGUAUGGCUGAAACAGCUCUCCAUUCUCCAGGAGCAGCCUCGCAGAGAUGCAGUCGACGUCACACUCUUCUGUUCCCCCUCGUCUUCCUCCUCCUCGUCUUCGACGCUUACCCCAACUUCCGCCGGGCUCCAGGAUCCCUCCGCGUCCUGCCCGGGCACCCCGAGCGCUCAGCACAAUAAAUUGGGAAUGAUGCAGGGGGUGGGCUGCCCGUCUCCUGUGGCCACUCUCAAGAGACCGACCGCACUGAGCCGACACGCCAGCGCUGCAGGGUUCCCGCUCCAGUCGUGGGUUUUCACUAGAGGUCAGGGAAAAGGGGCUAUAACCCCGACGACUCCAUCUGACAGUCCAGAGAGCGUGGCCAUCGAGGUGGAGGACAUCCCAGCCCUGCUGAGGGACGUCGCACGCUUCGCGGAGGCCGUGGAGAAACUGAAGGAUGUCGUUCUGGCUGAGGGUAAGGAGAGUCAGCGGCCCGUGGCCCACGAGUGUUUAGGGGAGGUGCUUCGGAUUUUGCGCCAGGUCAUCAACACUUAUCCUCUGCUCAACACCGUCGAGAUCCUCACUGCUGCCGGCAAACUCAUAUCCAAGGUCAAAGGUUUCCACUAUGAGUCCUCUAACGAGGCUGAUAAAAAGGACUUUGAGAAGGCAAUUGAAACCAUUGCUGUCGCUUUUAGUAGCAAUGUGUCUGAACUGCUGAUGGGAGAGGUGGACAGCAGCACGUUGCUCUCCUUGCUGCCUACAGAGAAGAGCAGAUCCAUGGAGAACUUGUACACUGGUUCUGGCCAUGGAGGAGAUGGUGGACAUUACAGGAGCGACCUGCAGGACAUGGGUAAGCAUAAAGGUGCCCCUCUGAUGCAGCGUAAACAGGAGCAUGAAAAGAGACGUAAGGAGAUCAAGGAACACUGGAUUCGAGCUAAAAGAAAAUUGAUGGAGUGUGAGGCAAACCUGCGGAAGGCCAAGCAAGCCUACAUAGCACGCUGCGAGGAGUACGACAAGGCUAAAACGGCAGCCUGCCGAGCUGAAGAGGAGGGAGGGGGAUCCACAGCGAAGUCUGUGGAGAAGAAGAAACGAGUGGAAGAAGAGGCUCGCAACAAGGCAGAUGAGGCGGAGGCCACCUACAAGACUUGUAUAGCAGACGCCGCCACUCAGCAGCAGGAGCUUGAGCACACAAAGGUCACCGUGCUGAGGCAGCUGCAGGACAUCAUCAAACAGAGCGAUCAGACCAUUCGCUCGGCGACCAUCUCCUACUACCAGCUCAUGCACAUGCAGACAGUAGCCCUGCCUGUGCACUACCAGACUCUGUGCGAGAGCAGCAAGCUGUACGACCCCGGCCAGCAGUACGCCGCUCACGUGCGAGACCUGCAGCUGCCAGAGCAGCCGAGCAUCCAGUACGCGUUUGAGUCCUACUCCCCCUCCAACUCAUCGUCGCACCAUGGUCACAGACCGAGGAAUGACAGCUUCAACACAGACACGCAAACGAGUCAAACAGACAGUCCUGCCGUCAGUGCGGAGACGACAGCUGGAGAAAGCCGAGAGUCAGAAUGUUUCCUGGCGUGCCACAAGCGCUGUCUGGAAACUCUGGCGAUCCAGUGUGGUCAUAAGAAGCUGCAGGGCCGUCUGCAGCUGUUUGGCAGAGAUUUCACUCAGGUAGCCAGCUGUGCCAGUGACGGUAUUCCCUUCAUCAUCACCAAGUGCAUCUCUGAGAUCGAGAGACGGGCACUGAAGAUGAAGGGCAUCUACAGGGUGAAUGGAGUGAAGACCCGUGUGGAGAAACUGUGUCAGGCCUUUGAGAAUGGAAAAGAGCUGGUCGAGUUGUCUCAGUGUUCGCCACAUGACAUAAGCAACGUGCUCAAGCUUUACCUCAGACAGCUGCCUGAGCCCAUCAUGCCUUUCCAUCUGUACAACAAGCUGAUGGGUUUGGCAAAGGAGAGUCUGCAUAAUGAAGGAGACACACCGGAGGGGGAGGACUCCGAGUCGAGCAGCACUCACCCGGCAGUGAGCAGGGGGCCAGAGCUGGUGGAUCUGGGCCCAGACACGGACCCAGAGGUCCUGGUCCUGGUGGACAGUCUGAGGGAACUUUUAAAGGAGCUGCCCAAGCCCAACAUCGCCACGCUGCGCUACAUCGUUCGCCACCUUCGAAGGAUCGCAGAGCUGGAAGAGGAUAACAAGAUGAGCCCCAGCAACCUUGGCAUCGUGUUUGGGCCCUCUCUGAUGCGGCCCCGUCCAACCGGGGCUACGAUAUCCCUGUCCUCUUUGGUUGAUUAUCCCCAUCAGGCUCGCAUCGUGGAGGCCUUCAUAGUCUUCUACUCUUCCAUCUUCCAAUCCAAAACUUCUCAGACCCACAAAACCUCCCUGUACAUAACAGAGUAG